GUGGACCAGACGAACCUGUGAGGAGCUCCGGAUGUGAGGAGCUUGAGGAUAACUCACAAUGUGCUGAUCUGCAAGAUCCACUCAACACAUCUCCAGAUCCAACUCCAUAUUCCAAAGGAUCAAGCCUGAAACCACUGGGUUCUAGCACUGACCCAUUCGCAACAGGACCUUCACGCUCACCUGGUUCCUCUGAAUGUGGUCAGGCACGAGCAGAACAAGUAAAUGCUGACUUGGUUAAGGAAAAAAUGGUCCUUUUACAGAAAAAAGGAAAGCUUCCUGUGAACGAAAGCCACCUUCGUCAGUUGUUUGGCAGCGAUUGUCCAUCAUGUGGAGGUAAACUCAAGGUGCACAAAGUCAUUUGUGGCGUUGUUGUUAGCUUUAACCAGCUGUGCCUUCAGUGUGACUACACGUAUGAGUGGAAAAGUCAGGUGGACGGCAGCGUCCCAGCCGCUGAAGAUGGACACGUGAAAGCAGGCUUAGAGGUAGCAACAGGAGAUGAAGCCCCCAGCAGCAUCCUAGAGGUUCCUGAAAUUGUCGCAGUGGCGCACGAGGGGAGCGGCUCUGGAGCUGAAUGGGAGCAAUCCAGCGAUCCCGGCGAGGUGGAUUCCGACGAAGAGUGGAAAUCGGCGCCGCACGUUUUCCCCAUAAAACUGUACCCCGCGAACCCCACAGAGGAAUCCGGCAAACACGUCGAAUACCGCGAUUACCUCUCGCUCACUCCCGUGCACAGCCAGCUCUGCGCCGACUGCGGAAGGUUCGUCGACGGACGGAAGCCUCACGUCUGCGAGCACAAAGCCAGGCCGUACUCCUGCUACAUCUGCGGGAAGCGCUGCGUCAGCGAAGCGGCCCUGAGUUCCCACGGCAGGGUCCACAACGAAAGCCACGAGUUUCGCUGCAAGUUCUGCCACGCCACGUUCAAGCUGAAGGCGGACAAGGUCACCCACGAGCAGACGCACGGACCCGAGGGGAGACCGUACAAAUGUCCGGACUGCUCGAAGACAUUCGCCACCAAUAAGGAGCGCAGAGUCCACCUGGAGGAUCACAGGGGCGCGGUGGAUUUAAAGUGCCGCUUCUGCGGGGUUGAAUUCGACCGUCCUCUCUCUAUUCAGAGGCAUUUGUUAGUGCACACGGGGGUGAAACCGUACAAAUGCUUGGUGUGCCAGCGCAGCUUCAACCAGGCAAGUCACCUGAAGUCCCACAUGCGGCUGCACACGGGGGAGAGACCGUACAAGUGUCAGCUCUGCGACAAAAGCUUCAAUCACAACGUGAGCUUGAAGAGUCACGUUCAGCGCCACCACCCUUCCUGCUCCACACCGGAACAGACGAAAGGGACAAAGAGCAAAAAGAAAAGUGGUGGUGCUCAGAAUAACAGGCUCGAGGAAGACGCAGACGUGAACCUCGACAGCGAGGAGAAGGAACAGGAUACAGAUGAUGAGAUGGAGGCACGACCACAAACUAAAAGGAACAUUGGUAGACCUAAAGGGAGGCCCAAAGGCUUUGGAUCAGGAAUGAAAACUCAAGCAGAAGGGUCACAUACUGGAGCUAGAAAAUCCCAAGUCAGGAGACGAAAACGACAAAAAAUUACUGACGAGGACAGGCUGUCUGACGGCAACACAUCAUUUGAUUCUGAAGACGAAGGCUGAGGAAAAAACAUACAGAAUAUAAUGUGAUCUGAAAAAAAAGAACAAUAGGCAAAACUUAGAGGAGGAAUUAAACUGAGGACAACUUAAAAAUGAAGUUCAUUACAAAAAAAUCUGUAUUAAAUUGAAAUGUACUGUAA